CUCCGCGUUCAUGGAGGGGGCAGAGGCGGAAGCGCGAGAGGGGGCCGCGGUGGCCCGUGACCUGCGGACGCUCGGGUAUGAGGGCUUCCCGGAGGCGGCGUCGUGGGGCACCUCGUGCCCAGCCUUCCGGGCCCUGUGCGCGCGGCUGGCGGCGGAGCUGGCGGCGCUGGGCGCCCUGGAGCAGCGGCGAGAGGACGCCGGCGGCGGCCCCGGCGCCGAGGCGGCGUGCGUGCGGCGGCUGGCCAGCGUGCUGCGGGAGCUGCGCUGCCCGGAUCGCGCGCUCUGCGGCGGGGACGGCGAGACCGCGCUGCGGGAGCCGGGCGCUGGCCUGCGCCUGCUGCGCUUCCUCUGCUCCGAACUCCAGGCCGCCCGCCUCCUGCGUCUGCGCCGGCAGCGGGACUCCAGGCCAGUGCUGGCUUUGGGGGAAGAGUCCCAGGAGGGAGGUGGCCCGGCCCACGAACUGGUCCUCACCCUGCGAGCCCUGGGGCUGCCUAGACCCGCGCGGGGGACUCCUGCCAGCCAGCUGCUACAGGAGCUGCAUGCCAAGAUCUCGGAGCUGCUGCCUUCCCUGCCGCCAGCGUUCAUGCAGCCGCUCCUCCACCACCCGCUGGAUGCGCCCCGAUGGGAAGCGCUGGAGUCCCUGUCCCAAAGCCUGACGGAGCAGUACCGCUGCCGCCGCUGCCUCCUGCUCAAGCGGCUUGACCUCACCACGUCUGCUUUCCACUGGAGUGAGCGCGCAGAGGCCCAGGGAGAGGCCAUGAAGGCAGUGCUGAUCCCAAUCCGAGAGCUCCUGACGCCAGAAUCCGACGUCUCCAUCGCACACGUCCUGGCUGCCCGGGCUGACCUGUCUCGCCUGGUGCCCGCCACCAGCGCGGCUGCCCGCCACGGGACCUGCUGUGCCGUCAACAAGGUGCUUAUGGGCGACGUGCCAGACCGGGGGGGCCGCCCAAAUGAGCUGGAGGCCCCCAUGCCCAGCUGGCAGAGCCGAAGAGAAGACGGAGGCGGGCGGAGGGCGGGCCGCCAAGGCUGGGGCCGCAGGAAGAAGAAGAAGUGAGGAGGGCCCGGUGGCGGGGUCCGUGCGGUGCUGACGCCAGCGGUGGUCUCUGGAGAGGCCGGUGGAGGGUCUCCCACGGCCCCCAGCCCCUGUUCUUGAGGCCCUCAACAUCCUACCUCCAUCCGGCCCUCAACACCAAGAACCGUGUUCUCGGGAAAAUAAAUUUAAUC